CCCCAGAGGAGAAAAAGCAUUUAUAGUCUGGCGUUGAGACGCCCGCCCCCAUCCAUACUCUUCUUCCUCUUUCCUCUCUCUCUCUCCCUCUGUCUCUCCUUCUCUGUGACUCUUCCAUCUUGUCUUGUCGUUCUCACUCCCUGUUCUUUUGCUAUCCUUGGGCUUGCUUGCUUCCGUCGUCGCCGUCUUCUCCCUUCCACCAGAGCCUGUUGCGUGACUGGUCGUGCCGUUGACACCAUUUUGCCCUCCCAAGCUUGACCACCCCACCAUCGUCAUAAUGGCCAACACUCCCCACGGCGGCGUCCUCAAGGACCUCUUUGCCCGCGAUCUGCCUCGCCAGGCCGAGCUGCUUGCGCAGUCCGAGACUCUCCCCGCGCUUGUGCUGUCCGAGCGCCAUCUCUGCGACUUGGAGCUCAUCCUCAAUGGCGGCUUCUCGCCCCUAGAAGGUUUCAUGACCGAAAAUGAUUACAACAGAGUCGUCAAGGAGAACCGUCUCGAGAAUGGCUUGCUCUUCAGCAUGCCCAUCACCCUCGACGUCGACCAGGCACAGAUUGAUGAGCUCUCCAUCAAGCCGGGCGCAAAGAUUACGCUGCGCGACUUCAGAGAUGACCGGAAUCUGGCCAUCCUGACCGUCGAGGAUGUGUACAGACCUGACAAGGUUCAGGAGGCCAAGCUGGUCUUUGGCAGCGAUGACGACACCCAUCCCGGCAUCAAGCACCUCUUCAGCGUCGCAAAGGACUUUUACGUCGGCGGAAAGCUCGAGGCCAUCAGCCGCCUUGAGCACUAUGACUUCCUCGACCUGCGAUUCACCCCUGCUGAGCUGCGAUCCCACUUCAACAAGCUCGGCUGGCAAAAGGUGGUCGCCUUCCAGACCCGAAACCCCAUGCACCGCGCUCACCGUGAGCUGACGGUCCGGGCCGCCCGCUCUCAGCAAGCCAACGUCCUCAUCCACCCCGUCGUCGGCCUGACGAAGCCUGGUGACAUCGACCACUUCACCCGAGUCCGCGUCUACCGCGCUCUGCUGCCCCGAUACCCCAACGGCAUGGCUGCCCUCGCUCUGCUGCCUCUGGCCAUGCGAAUGGGCGGCCCCCGUGAGGCUCUGUGGCACGCCGUCAUCCGCAAGAACCACGGCUCCACGCACUUCAUUGUUGGCCGUGACCACGCCGGCCCCGGCAAGAACAAGAACGGCAAGGACCACUACGGCCCUUACGAUGCGCAGAUCCUUGUGCAGCAGCACCAGGAGGAGCUCGGCAUCAAGAUGGUCGAGUUCCAGGAGAUGAUUUACAUCCCCGACCGCGACGAGUACAUGCCUGCCAACGAGAUCCCCGAGGGCACUCGCACCAUGAACAUCUCCGGCACAGAGCUGCGAAACCGCCUGAGAACCGGUAAGGAGAUUCCCGAGUGGUUCUCCUACCCCGAAGUCGUCAAGGUGUUGCGAGAGCAGAACCCGCUGCCGCGUGAGAAGGGUUUCACCGUCUUCCUGACGGGCUACCAGAACAGCGGCAAGGACCAGAUUGCGCGUGCUCUCCAGGCAACGCUGAACCAGGGUGGUGGCCGACCCGUGUCCAUGCUACUGGGCGAGACGGUGCGUGCCGAGCUCUCAUCCGAACUGGGCUUCAGCCGCCAGGACCGAAGCCUCAACAUUGGCCGCAUCGCCUUUGUUGCUUCGGAGCUGACCAAGGCCGGUGCUGCCGUCAUCGCUGCCCCCAUUGCGCCAUAUGAGGAUGCUCGCCAGCACGCGCGAGAGCUUGUCGAGAAGUCUGGACCCUUUUUCCUGGUGCACGUUGCCACGCCGCUCGAGCACUGCGAGAAGACUGAUCGCAAGGGCGUCUACGAGAGAGCUCGCGCCGGCGAGAUCAAGGGCUUCACCGGUGUCGACGACCCCUAUGAGACGCCCCAGAAGGCCGAUCUGACUGUUGACCUGACCAAGCAGAACGUCCGCUCUAUUGUGCAUGAGAUCAUCCUGCUCCUCGAGAGCCGGGGCCUUUUGGAUCGUCUGUAAAGGAGCGUUGCUUUUUUGU